CACACACAAUCGACAACAUGUUCUCCAAAAUUUUGACUCUUACUAGCUUAGUAGUUGUAGCCCAAGCAGGUUUCUUGGACUAUUUCCAUCACAGCCAACCAGCACCAGCUGUAGUUGCCCACGCUGCACCUAUUGCACAUAAACUCGCCCUACCAGCUCACCACGAACACCAAGACUACUACUCCCACCCCAAAUACGAGUACAACUAUGGUGUACAAGACCCCCAUACCGGAGACCAUAAGACCCAACACGAAGAACGUGAUGGUGAUGUAGUAAAGGGCAGCUACACCGUUGCUGAGCCCGAUGGUACCUUGAGGACCGUCCACUACACCGCUGAUGACCAUAAUGGAUUCAAUGCUGUAGUAGAGAAGUCUGGACACCCAGUACAUCCAGCUCCAGCUGUACAUAAGACUAUUGUAGCUGCCCCAGCUGAUUACGCUGCUCCAGCUCACUACGCUGUACGAGCUCCUCACUAUUAUCAUCAUUAAGGAUUGAACCGCUCAGAUUUAUUUAUUUAUUUUUUGUAUAUAUUUUAUUUAAUUAAAAAGAUGUUAAGGCAUAA